CACACACACACACAUUCCAGCCUGAAGGUUGUUGAUAUUAAUAAAAAUUAUUUAGAAUGUAUUGAGCAAUUUGAGGGUAAAUGUAAAAAUUUUAUGAUAAAAUUAAAAAUCUAUGUUUUGAUAAUAUUACAUUUAUUUUAAUUAAUUAAUUAUGGAAUUAUGUAUAAUAAUUUAAUUUAAAGUGCAUCACAAAGGUUUGGGUUUGCAAGCACAAACUCACGUCUCAUUGAUCGUCGCGUCUGCAGAUGAAUGGACGUUGUUAUCUCGUUGUAAACAUUUUGUUAAUUUCUACUUGCUGUUUACACAUAGCGUGCGCUAAAGUAGACACGUGAUGGUGAGUAGGUCAUAUGAGUGAGUAGCAGCACUCGGUUGGCGACGUCGUGGAGUGGAGGGUAGAAAUGGCUGGAAAUUUGUAGAGAAAAGGAAUUGUAAAGAGAGUUUUAGGUUUGAAGGUGAGAAUAAAGUUGGAAAGUGAGUAGGGAGGGGCAGCGACAUGUUGGUAGAGUGUUGUCGGGUAGUCUUGUGUGGUUACACGUUCAUGUGUUACUGUUAUGUUAGAAUGAGUGAGAGAGACAUCACAGAAUUGAAUAGCCAGCUAUGGAGCGCUGUGUGGAACAAGUCACGUGAUGACGUUGAAUGUCUAUUGGAUCAAGGCGCUGAAGUUAAUGCGUGUGAUGACUAUGGAAGUACUGUACUGAUGAAAGCUUGUAUGUAUGGCUCCAAGUCAUUAGUUGAGCUUUUGUUGUCUAGAGGGGCAGAUAUCAACAGAACUGAUAUUAUGGGUAGAACUGCUCUAAUGUCUGCAGCACGGUGGGAUCAUGAUGAAAUUGUUGAAAUUCUAUUAAAAUCAAAAGCAAAUGCUGAACAGAAGACUUUGGAUCUAAGUAGAGCCUACAGACUGACUGCUAAUGCUAAAGUGAGAAGACGACUGAUGAAAGCAAUGGUUGAACAGAAGUAUGCUGUUCUGUAUGCCGAGGGCACAGUGAGACCAGAAAUCAUGAAAUUGUGUUUCAUUGGUAAAGAAGGAGCAGGAAAGACGACACUCAUGGAGGCUCUCAAACGAGGAUUGUUGAAGUGGAUUUUUGCAAACGAGAAUCAAGCAGAUGACCCAAAAUGUGAAGAGGAACGCACGAUUGGUAUCAACGUGAUGACAGUCGAUAUUCCGGGAGUGGGUCGCGUGUCAGUGUGGGACUUUGCAGGUCAAGGGCAGUUCCACAAAACACACGGCCUUUUCUUUCCCUCCAACUCGUUCUUCAUCCUGCUAGUGAGUCUAGUGAGAGGAGAGGAGCGACGACUCUGUAGUGUUGAGGAGUUGCUAGAAGAGCUUCAGUAUUGGCUCUCAUUUCUCAGAGCCAGUUUGGAUGCAGAGUUUAUACCCACAGUGUUGAUAGCUGGCAGUCACAUAGAUUACUGUCCAGGGCGUGAGGGUGUCUUGCAGCGUGUGGUCGACGACAUGCGUGAGCUGUUCAAAGGCAAGAUCAACAUCAUUGAAGUUUGUUUUGUUCUCGACUGUAGGAGGAGCAGGUCACCUGAAAUGAAACAACUAAAGAAAGUUCUCUGUGAUGUGAAGCAGCAGUUGCAGCAGUCUGCUCCUCUGUAUCCUCGUCUUUGUCAGCCAGUCGUGUCCAAGUUGCUUCCUUCUCUUCGUAAGAAAGAGGAAGAUCCGUUCAUGGAGAAGGCAACACUGAUGGAGAGGAUCGAGCAGGAAGCAUGUCCAGGACAAGAGAAGAAGGUUGUAGAGAAGGUAGUUGAUUUUUUAGAUGAUUCAGGAGAGAUUGCUGUUGCCGGUGAUGUGGCAGCUCUCAAUCCUGCAUCUCUACAUCAUUAUGCCAUCGGUCCUCUCAUUGCUUCCGAGGAUUUCAAGUGGCAUGUCAGGUCAAAGAGGAAGGAUGGCACAGUAACAAGAGAAGAAGCAGAAACGGCAAUCAAUCAUUUCCAAAGAGAUAAGAAGAUUCAAGUUCAACUCGACACAGAUAAAGUUCUCACUAUAAAUGAAUCUCUUGAUAUCUGCUUCAAAGUGGAAGGCAGAGACGACACGUACAUGUUUCCAGCUCUCUUGCCUUCUAAGGAUCUGUCUGUCAUGUGGAAGAGAGACGAGAGUAAGAAAGUGUAUGUCGGUCGACGUCAAGUGUGCAGCAGUCAGACGACCAUCUUCAGUCCAUCUGCAUUUGGCAUGUUUCAAUCUAAAGUUUGCACUACAUUAGAUAAGAAAGCACAGCUGUGGAGGAAUGGACUAAUCCUAUCACAAGGUGAUGAAGCUGAAUUUCAUGUCGAGUGUUUAGUCGCCAUGGUAGAUCCUGUUCGUUCUGUCAACUUUGUAUGUCGUGGAGGUAAGGCAACAGAAGGAAGAUGCGUUUCUCUGCUCGACAUUGUCAUGUCUCUUUGGAGAGAUAUGUUAGACAGAUACAGUCCAGGCACUGACUAUGAGACUGAAUAUCUGAGCAGAAAGCAUUUAGAGGAACACAAAGAACUGAAACAAGUUGCUGUUUACUCUGAGGAGGAAAUCAAGGAAGCCAAAGCAACUGGAAAAGGAGCAAAAGCUGCUGUAAAGCAAGUAGUUGGUGAUGAGCGAGUCGUAGAAAGUCUUGGUGACUUGCUGGUUGUCGAAAGUGAGACAGUACUAGUGACAUUGAGUGCUGUUGCAAAGGCUGUAAUAUCUGAGGGUUCAUCUCAAUGGUAUUCAUUCGGUACAACACUAGGGUUCAGCAAAGAUGGUAUUGAUGCCUUGUGUCAUGACAAAGUAACUCCUGAGGAUAAAUUGUUAGCAAUUAUUGUCCAAGUGAAGGCAAAACAAGUUGACUCUGUGAAGACUGAUGAUAUGCUCUUGGAGGCAUGUCGACAUUUGCCAAAUCCUAUUGAUGGUGUGGUCAAGGAAAAACUUGGACUUUAGUGAUGACAAUUUAUAUAAAGGAUUCAUUGAUAAACAGAGCAUUGUAUCACAUGUAUGACAAGUUUGUUAUGAUCAGAAUCACAUGCAUGUUUGAUCAUACAGUAGUAGUGAUAAAUGGUAUUUGUGAUUAUUGUAUGGUGACAAUGUCAGUUUCUGUAUGUAUAGCAAGUAAUCUGUGCUGUACAGUAAUAUUUAGAGGGCACAAAAUAUUUGA